AUGGACACUUUUGACAUCCACUGGCGCGAUCACAAAGGUGCCGAAAUGGAACCAACCGCAACCGCUACCAUCUUUACCCUCGACGAUCUUAUCCGCAAGGAAACCGAACUCGCGGAUAUGCUUCGCACCACCAUAAGCGCAUCCUCCACACCACAAUAUAACCCUACUAACACCACUGAUGAGCCGGUGGAUGCCACAUCCAUCAGAAACCCUGCCCUAACACCACCGCAUAUGUCCGAAGGCUCAUCACCACCAUACCCUGCUGAGGAUACCAUGAAUGUACAACUCCGCAACCUUUGA